GAAACAAGUCACGCUACCUUGCUUUUCAUCUAAGCGAAAAGGGAAAAGGAAACAACUCUCCUUCCUUCCGACGAUAAAAACCCUUCCCCUUCCUCUUGCUCUUCAUUUCAAUUCAUUCUUCCUUAGUCAAAGGACUGUGAUGGGGCAACAAUCGCUGAUCUACGCCUUCGUGGCACGAGGCACCGUCGUUUUAGCCGAUUACACCGAGUUCUCCGGCAACUUCACCUCCAUUGCUUCUCAGUGCCUCCAGAAACUUCCUGCUUCCAACAACAAGUUCACUUACAACUGCGACGGCCAUACCUUUAACUAUCUCGUUGAUAACGGCUUUACUUACUGUGUGGUUGCUGUUGAAUCUGCUGGGCGACAGGUGCCAAUUGCCUUUCUUGAGAGAAUUAAGGAGGAUUUUACCAAGAGAUAUGGUGGAGGAAAAGCUGCAGCUGCUCCUGCAAACAGCUUGAGCAAGGAGUUUGGGCCAAAGUUGAAGGAGCAUAUGCAGUAUUGCAUUGAUCAUCCAGAGGAGGUUAGUAAGAUUGCCAAAGUGAAAGCUCAAGUUUCAGAAGUCAAAGGAGUUAUGAUGGAAAACAUUGAGAAGGUUCUGGACCGUGGUGAAAAAAUUGAGCUUUUGGUGGAUAAAUCAGAAAAUCUUCGCUCCCAGGCACAAGAUUUCAGGCAGCAGGGAACCCAGAUGAGGAGAAAGAUGUGGUUACAGAACAUGAAAAUAAAGCUGAUCGUGCUCGGGAUUCUGAUCGCCUUGGUUCUCAUCAUCGUACUGUCUGUCUGUCAUGGCUUCAACUGUUGAUGAAUCGUUCAGUUGCUAUAUUCUAUUCAUUUGCCCACUCAUUGAUCGGUGUUGUAGCUGUCACCAGUAAUAUUGAUGCUCCUCAUAGUUAGUAGUUACAGUUUUCUUUAAUUCCACGUCCUUUUCUGCUGUAGCCUAAUAUCAGAAGACUCUCUGCAUAUAUACUGAGAUUCGAACUAUGAAAAUUGAAUUUUGAAAUAUAUAAAAAUAUCAAAUAAGGUACUUUCAGGUGA